AAUUUAUUAUUCAUGCUUCUUAUUUGAGGAAUCUGUGUGAUAUCUUUUCAUGUCGUGUCUCGUAAUUUUUCCUGGGUGUACAUUUUUAUUUGUCUGGCAAGUAAACUCAGGGAAUUCAUGGCAUUAUAAGUACGUGGAAACAAGUGACAAAUUUCAGUAUUAAUCGUCACGCGUUGCUUCAGGUUGGAGCAAUGAAAGUAAUCCUCAGUGAUGUGCUUAGUAGAAUCGAGAAGUGGCUGAAUUUGCUUCACUAUCACUUUGAAAUUUUCCUCUUACACCUGAUGGUUGUGCGGAAAAUCCCUCGGCAUGUGGCAUUCAUCAUGGAUGGAAAUCGUAGAUUCGCUCGCGAGAUGAAUCUGCCUCUGCCGAUGGGACACGUGGAGGGAUUCCAGAUGCUUCAGCGCAUGAUUCGAUGGCUCUUCCUGCUUCGCGUGCCCGAAGUCACGGUGUACGCGUUCAGCAUUGAGAAUUUCAAGAGGACACGAUCUGAAGUGUCCAUCCUCUUCUCCCUGGUUCGCUGUGCCAUUUCGCAUGCGAGGCGUCAUGAACUGGAGUAUAUCAAGCACAAUGUGCGUGUCCGCGUGAUUGGUCGGGUGAAUUUGCUGCCAAAGGACAUUCGGGAUGCGAUUGACGAGGUGGAGAUCAAGACGAGACACAACGAUGGCUUCAGGAUAAACAUUGCCGUGGCCUACACAAGUCGAGACGAUAUUGUGGGCGGAAUCAGGGGUGUUUGCGAGGAGGUGCAGAGCAAUUUGCUGUCGCCGGAGAGCAUCGAUGAGGAGGAUGUGGAAAGGAGUCUCCUGACAAAUCACUGCAAUCCAGUGGAUCUCCUUAUUCGAACAUCUGGCGAGACGAGGCUCAGCGAUUUUCUCCUCUGGGAGUCGUCUGAUGCGAUGCUGUCCUUCCUGCCUAAGCACUGGCCAACCGUCACGCUGUGGGACAUGAUGAAAAUAUUCCUACACUUUCAGCGACAUUGCGGUCGCUUGCCCAGGAGCGACGGUGUCAAAGUGAACAGUGUGAUCGAUGAGAGUCAAUAUAUUAAAAGAGCCACCGACUAUUUGGACAAACACGAGGGGAUAAAGAGGGAAGUGUACCUACUGGACAAUUACCAGCGCUACGUGAAGGUGCGGGAAGCCGGAGGAGGAGUUUAAACGUGUCCUUUUACAGCGACCGUGCAGACCAAAUGAGAGCACAGAGUGCACUUGAGUGGCCUGAGGCUCUUCAAACAAGAGUUGCAGCUCAUGACUGGGAACAAGGCAUAAAAAUAGAAUAAUGGAAAUGCAAUAUUUGGUUUCACAACACAAUGAGGAAGAGCUUUCCCGCUUUUCACUCACACAGCAAAUAUUUUAUGUGCCAAACAAAUAUGGGUUUAGUAAUUAG